AUGUUAAGUCAUGCGGCUGCGUUGCAACGUGCAUGUGUCGCUUGUCAAAAAUGCCCGGACACUGCUGAGAUUCUUGAACUCGAACCAGCCGAUUGGCGAAUUCCCUUUAUCCGUUAUCUUCAGCAUGGCCAUCGCCCGGACGAUCCAGCCCUAACUGCCAAACUUAAGCAUCAGGCAUCGCGAUUCCAGCUUUGUGAUGGUCAAUUGUUUCCCCUCUCGCGCGAAGGAGACCUCUUGCGAUGCCUUGCUGGCGCCGAGAUCUACGAGGCACUUCAUCAAGCCCAUUCCCUCGAGCAUCAGGGUGCCUACAAAUUGUUUCAACACUUGAUCCACAAAGGGCUCUAUUGGCCAACGAUGGAGUACGAUGUCAAGACACUUGUUCAACAAUGCAAGCCAUGUUAA